UCCUUUCCCUCUUCCGCCUGCAGGAUGAGGAUGGGCGGCCAUCACCAUGAGCGCCCUAACCUGCGCCCCCACCUCCUCCUCCUCCACCACCCACUCCUCUGCCUUCUAUCGGCGGCGCUCUCCCUCCUCCCCCCGCCGUCACCCCCGCCUCUCCUGCCCUUCGGGGAGCUCUACCCCGCGGCUCUUCUCCCUCCACCUCUUACCUUUGCGCGUUGUUGAUGAUUCAAAACAAGUUGAAACAUCUGCUGAUCAGAUGGUUGAUCGGUCUGAAUCUGACCAGUUAGUAGAUGCCCUGGAUUUUGGGGAGCUUUGCAAUGAUUUUGAAUGCAUUAGUAGCCCUGCCGUGGAAUCAACAGCGAGGCAAAUUGUAAGGGAUAUAUUGGAACUGCGCGACGACAACCGUGCCUUGGGAUGUUUUUCAAUUUCAGUGAAGUACAAGGAUCCGCUUAGGACAUUCACUGGACGAGAAAAGUACAAGAGACCUUUAUGGGUCACUAAUGCACUGGAAAACCCCACAGUGACAGUGCAGGAGAUGGGAAUGCUGUCAACAAGCGAAUUGAUCAUCAAAUGGACACUCAGAGGAAAACCUAAAAAUCCUGUCGUUGCAAGCAUUGGAGGAGACUUGACACUUCUGGUGGACUCCAAAUUCAUCUUGAACCAGAUAAGUGGCCAAGUAGUUGAACAUGUGGAAUCAUGGGACUUGUCUGCAUCAUCUAUCAUUGUUCAGGCCUACUUUUGGUUUUCUAGGCGGCUUUUCUCUACUAUCGAGGCUGGCAAAGAUACAAUUGAUGCUGUUAAAAGCACGGCUACCAAUUUCUCGACAAGAAAAGAAAAUUUGGAUAUAUAUCCAGACCCAUCUGGAGAUCCUACAAAGUUCUUUCAAAGAGAUGACGGCCUACAAAGAGAUGCUUACCAGAUUGCUCUUUUCCUGGCUGUUAUCUAUUUCGUCGUCCAGUUCUUGAGAGCCACACUGUGAAUGUCUUGCUCAUGCUCUACAUUCGAGAAUUUUGUAUCCAGCUGUUGUAUAUAUAAUCCGACAGCAACCUUCUUUAUGGACGAAAUAUCUCUUCAACCUCCAAUGAAUAUCAUGGUACGAGGCAUACACUAGUUUAUUUGUGUGUUUGUCCAUUAUUCUUGCUGUGUAUAAAACUAUUUAACAUUUUGGUUUUUGUCACUGUUUUUAAAUAAAAAUUCACAGGUAAUUUUACACUUUU